UUUCAUGACUCACUUAUCAAGUUGGGCAUGCUCAUAUCUAUGCACCAACUUUAAGAGGAGUGUUGAUUUUCAUGUAAAUAUUCUAGGAGUCCUAUGUUUGGUAGAUUUAGGAUUUGUAAUUAAUUGUGAUCUUUAGCAUUUAGUUUUUCUAUCUUUUGUAGAUUACCGUCCUUGUAUCGUUGAUUAACUUCCUUGUAUUGUACAAUCCCUUCCUUACAUUGUAGAUUCCCUUCCUUCCUUGUAUUGUAGAUUACCUUCCUUGUAAUUAAUUGUAAAUUUUAGGAUUUACUUUCCUAGUACAAUAAGGCUUGUGUGCCUGUAUUGUAUAUAUUAUAAACUCUAUAUAUAAGAUGGAUAAACUAACGAGACAUAGAGAGAGAGAGAGAGAGAGAGAGAGAGAGAUGGAAACCAUUCUUCUAGUUUUCGUCAACGCCAUCGUCAUGGCACUUCUGUAUAUUUUCUGCAGAUUAAUAUUUUCUCUCUGGGGUUUCCCAAUUCUUGCGUACAGGAGGCUCAAGAAAAAUGGGUUGGAUGGUCCCCCUCCAAGGUUUCCAUUCGGAAAUCUGAGUGAGAUGAAAAAGAAGACCAUCAAUUUUCGAAGUUCAAAUAUCUCCCAUGACAUACACUCAACUCUUUUUCCUUUUUUUACUCGAUGGCAAAACUCUUUCGGAAAGACGUUCGUUUAUUGGUUGGGGACUGAGCCAUUUUUGUACAUAGCAGAUCCAGAGCUACUGAAAAAACUGUCUGCCGAGGUGACAGCAAAGAACUGGGGGAAGCCAGCAGUGUUCCGACGCGAUAGAGCCCCGAUGUUCGGUAAUGGCCUAGUCAUGUCCGAAGGGGAAGACUGGGUUCGUCACCGCCAUGUUAUCACUCCUGCUUUUAACCCAACAAACUUAAAGGCAAUGGCGAGCUUAAUCGUGGAGACCACCAUCAAAAUGCUAGACAAUUGGAAAGAUUCCGGUGCUCAAGAAAUCGACGUCGAGAGAGAAAUCACAGCAACCGCCGGAGACAUCAUCGCCAAGACCAGCUUUGGCAUCAGCUACCAAAGUGGGCGCCUAGUGUUCGAAAAACUAAGAUCCUUGCAAAUGACACUCUAAACGAGCCGUCUUGUGGGAGUUCCUUUCGGACCAAUUAUGCACCCUAAGGAAACCCUAGAGGCCAGAAAACUUGGGCAAGAAAUCAACCAAUUGUUCUUGUCAAUCAUUGACGAAAGGCGAAAAUCCAUCAAAGGGUUGACACCGCAGUGCGACCUGCUUGGCUUGUUGCUUGCGGAGAGUGAACGAGGCUUCACAACACAAGAACUUGUGGAUGAGUGCAAGACAUUUUUCUUUGGAGGUCAUGAGACAACUGCAUUGGCAAUCACAUGGACAAUGUUGCUUCUGGCCGCCCACCAGGAUUGGCGACAUCAAUUGAGAGAGGAGUGUAGGGAAGUGGUCGGAGAUAAUAAAGAAAUUGAUGUGGACAUGCUUUCCGGACUAAAGAAGAUGGGAUGGGUGAUGAAUGAAGCCUUACGACUAUACCCUUCAUCACCAAAUGCACAAAGGCAAGCCAAAGCCGACAUUCAAGUGAGCGACGACCUGUCCAUUCCGAGUGGAACAAACAUGUGGAUUGACAUCGUCGGCAUGCACCACGACCCAGCCCUGUGGGGCGAGGACGUCAAUGAGUUCAAGCCGGAGAGGUUCAAGGACGACAUCCACGGCGGGUGCAAGCACAAGAUGGCGUACUUGCCUUUUGGGUUUGGAGGGAGAAUGUGCAUUGGUAGAAACUUGACUUUCUUGGAGUACAAGAUAGUUCUAACCCUAAUUCUAACUAGGUUUUCUUUUACCAUCUCUCCAACUUAUAGCCACUUGCCUUCCGUUGAGCUCACUCUGAGACCUUCCUAUGGCCUGCCUCUAGCACUCCAGCCCCUCUAGGCACUUGGGUUCUACGAGCUUAUCACUCCUAAUCCUUAUUGGAGAUUAGCAGCGUUGAUAUCUUGAAUAAAAAGCAAAGGAAACAAAUACGCUUAUA